AUGGAUGUACUUGCUCACCAUUCUUUAACUUUAGAUUAUGUACGAGGGCAAUGUUAUGAUGGAGCAAGCAAUAUGCAAAGUGAGUUAGGUGGUCUUAAAACAUUAAUUAGACAAGAAAAUAGAUCGGCUCACUCCGUUCAUUGCUUUGCUCAUCAACUUCAAUUGACUCUUGUUGCAGUUUCUAAAAGGUGUGUUCAAGUAGGAGAACAUGUAUUAUUGACUUCAAAUAUUUUGAAUGUGUUGGAGGCUUUCUUUAAACGUGUGGAUGAAUUUCAAGAAUCUCAAAAAGAAAAACUCCAAAAGGCAUUAGAUAUGGGUGAACUAGAAACAGGUAGAGGUUUGAAUCAAGAACUUGGCCUUAUUAAAGCCGGUGACACUCGUUGGGAAUCUCACUACAAGUCAUUUGGAAACUUUAUUAUUAACUUUGCCUCCAUUGUUGAUGUAUUUGAUUCUCUUGUUGAAAAUGUAAGUACUUCAGAAGAAAAAGCUAGCGCAUCGGGAUUUCUCAUAAGUUGUCAAACUUUUGAAACUGUUUUCUUAUUACAUUGGAUGACUAAUGUUUUAGGAAUUACAAAUGAUCUUAAUGUGUCAUUACAGAAAAAAGAACAGGAUAUUGCUAAUGCCAUGAUUCUUCGGCUACAAGAACUUAAUGACCGUUUUAAUGAGGUGACACGUGAUUUUCUUAAUGGUGUAUCUUGCUUGAAUCCAAUUGAUACAUUUUAUAGUUUUGACAUCAAAAAGAUAUUGGUGAUGGCUAAAUUAUAUCCUGAUUACUUUGAUGAGUUCAACAUGAGGGUUCUUGAGAAUCAACUUGUUAAUUAUAUUAUUGAUGUUUGUGAUAUUGAUAAAAGAUUCUCCAAUUUAGGCGGACUUGGGAAACUUUCAAGAAAGUUGGUUGAGACAAAGAAGCAUUUAAGCAAUCCUCUUGUAUUUCUUUUAGUGAAGUUUGCUUUGCUUCUACCCAUUGUCACUGCAUCAGUUGAAAGAGCUUUUUCGGCAAUGAAGUAUAUCAAGAAUGAUUUGCGGAAUCAAAUGGAUGAUGAAUUGUUAGAUGGUUGCAUAGUGCCUUAUGUAGAAAAAAGAGUAUUUAAGAAUAUUUCUAAUGAGUGUAUUAUAAAAACAUUUCAAGGGAUGAAGCAUCGUCGAGUGCACUUGUAA